GCAGGUAUCCUCUGAAUGAAGAUGUAGAGGCACCGGGGAGACAGAAAAUAGUGUUUCUUGACUUUGGUGCAGUAAAGGCUUGAUUUAAUGCUUUGAAAUGGAGGCGUUGUACUUGUUCGACAACUGGAAAAAGGAUUCUCAAGUCCCAGAGCGAGUAAGUGACAGUACACUGGUCAUGGAUACCUUGAACCACAAUCUUAGCCAUGGACAUCAGUCUCAUCAGGUGCUCCAGAGUACUCCACUGGAUCUUAUUGAAACUGGGAAGGCACUGAAGGUUCAAGCCGAGCGCCCCCAUUUGGUCAGCCUGGGAAGUGGGCGUCUCAGUACAGCUAUCACUCUCUUACCCCUGCCUGAAGGCAAGACGACUGUGGGUCACGGAGCCAUGGACAUCAGCAUCCAGGGCCCCGGGGUCGCAGCUCAGCACUGCUUUAUUGAGAACAGGGCUGGAAUCAUCACACUUCACCCCUGCGGAAACCAGUGCAGCAUGGACGGACUGCCGGUCAACAAACCUGUGCGACUCUCUCAAGGCUGCAUGCUGUGUUUCGGCCAAUCCGCCUUCUUCCGCUUCAACCACCCCGAGGAGGCUUUCCGAAUGAAAAGCAUGAUGCCCGAGGGAGGACAGACAGCCAGUGUGAAAAACUGGACCCACAAAGAUUCAGAGAACCUGGUCAAUGGGAACCACUCUUCAGGAGAAGCAAAAUCCCACUUGGUCUCCAACGAAAGAGUGCGCCCUGAGCACAGUGCCAUCGUCAGUUCCAUUGAGAAGGACCUUCAGGACAUUAUGGACUCAUUAGUCAUGGAUGACCCUCAGCCCUCAUCCUCCGAGUCAAAGAAGCCCUCUAGUCAGUCCAUCUCACAGUCUCCCCUUUCUCCGAUGUUAAAUGGAGGGGGGCGCUUUCUUCUCUCUCCCCCAACGAGCCCUGGUGCUAUGUCUGUGGGCUCUAGUUAUGAGAAUAACUCCCCUCCUUUUUCUCCUCUGUCAUCUCCCUCAGCUGCCAGCAGUGGUAGCUACACCACUCCCUCACCAAUUGGUUAUCAGGACCAGCCUCACAUGCUUCCUCCUGUGCCAGUGAGGUCUUCUAGUUACAAUUACACCAGCCAGCCACCCAUACCUCAGCCACGGACCAUACUGCCCAGCUAUUCCAGUGGCAACAGUGGGCCAAAGGUGCCUGAGAGUCCCAGACUCCAGCGAAAGGCACUUUUAGAAGCACCGCCAAGCCCAAAGCCAAGCCGUAGGGGGUUGAACCAAGACAGCUCGAUGGCUAAAACCCCAGACAGCCCCAUACAGACUCACAUUCUGCCCUCAGUCUCCAUCUCUACAGCUCCAACUGAUUUCCCAUCUGUUAGUCGGGUACCAGUUCCAGGUAGUCCUAGAUUAGCCCCCAAAUUCUCCACUGCGUCCUCAUCUGCCUCACCCUCUAGUCCCAGAACCAAAACUACCAUUGUUCUCCAAGAUCGACCCUCAAGUCCUUUCUGUGAGCAACCUCAGCCAGAUCGUUCUUUGACGGCCAGCCCCUCUCACCAACUCUCCCCACCGUCAAGAUCUUUCCAGCCCCCAUUGGACCCCAUUGUUCACAUCAUUCAAGGUGGACCUCCACACCCACAUCCUCGAACACUGCAGCCUCCAGAAAGUCCGCGGCUGGCCCGCAGGAAUCUUGAAGGGAGCAGCAUGAGGGAACUCCCCCCUCUCAGCCCCUCCAUAGCUCGCAGGGGGGUUCCUGUGCUCCCAGGUGCUCUACCAGGAACCCUGCGAACUCCAGAGAGCCCUCCCCCAAGAAUGGUGCCGGAGAGUCCCAGACUCAGGAGGAAAACAGGGUCUCCUACAGAGGAGCCUUUCAGUCCUCGUGCGAUGCGCACUCGUAGUCCUUCGCCCACCUCUGGACUGACUGGCGAAAGCAGUGGACGAAAGGGAAGUUUUGGGAACUCACUCUCUUCUGCCUUCAGCCUAAGUUCUCUGCCUGGGUCUUCUCCACGAUCUAGUCCCAGGAGCCACCGAAAGAUGUCAGCAGGCCACAGAGACCUCCGGAUGCCUCAUCCAGGCAUGAGGGAGCGCAAAAACAGCAUCACAGAGAUCAGCGACAACGAGGAUGACCUUCUGGAGUACCAUCGACGCCAAAGAGAAGAGCGACUCAGAGAGCAGGAAAUGGAGAGACUGGAACGGCAGCGGCUGGAGACAAUCUUGAACCUCUGCGCUGAGUAUAACAAGGGCGACGGGCCGCCGGGUGAUCUGGGCAGGAUGGGCGUCUCUGGGCUUGGCUCGAGGGACGGGCUUAACGUCAGGCGUCCUUCAAUGGACAGUGUGAACAGCGCUUCACUGAGAGCGACGCAAAGACAUCGGGAAAGCCAAGAGGACAACCUGAAGGAGGAUAGCAGUAGCACUGAGAGUGCGCAGCUGGACGGACGGACACCUGCUCUGCUAAACGGACAGAAUGGACAGGCUGAGGAGUCUCUGGGAUCAGGCAGCAUUGGCCGUCUGGAGCUGGGCUACCUGGAGGAGGAGCGGGUUCGAGUGCUGGCAAAGGUAGAUGAGCUCAAAGCUCGAAUCACAGAACUGGAGCAGCAACUUCAGGAAUCCAAGCAAGAGGCGGAGAUGGAGAGAGCUCUGCUGCAGGGAGAAAGACAGGCUGAGAUGGAGCAAAUCGAGACUGAGACGGAGAUUAUCAGCCAGCUGCAGCGCAAACUCUCUGAACUGGAGAGCAGCAUCCAGAGAGAGAAGGACAAGGCAUGCCAUUCUUGCAGAUGGCCACUCAAGGCCCAUUCAGGUCUCGAUUGCCAUCCUCAGGAGAGGGCUAAAGUUGACGCGGAGCGGGAAGCCCUGGAGAGGCUUCAGGAUGGGUACAAUGAGUUGACGAGCCAGCUUCAUAACUGCCCUGAGUCUCUGAGGGAACAGUUACAGGAACAGCUCAAGAGGGAAGCUGAGACUCUUGAAGCAGCGACGAAGCAGUUUGAAGACCUGGAGUUCCAGCAGUUGGAGAGGGAGAGCAGUCUGGAGGAGGAGCGCGAGACCAUCAGCCAGCAGCUCAUGCAGGACAGAGCUCAAUACCACAGCAGUAUCGCCAAGAGAAAGGAAAAGGUGGUGGCGUUGGAGAGCCAGGCAAGCCAGCUGGGAAUACAGGCCGCUCAGGAGUGUGAGAGACUGGCCAAGGACAGAACCAUCACCUUGCAGAUGCUACACAAGGAAAAGGAAAGGCUGGCCAGUCUGGAGAGAAGAUACCAGAGUUUAACUGGUGGAAAGACGUUCCCCAAAAGCUCCAAUACUAUAAAGGAGGAUGUGCUUCACAUCAGCGAGGCUGACCUGUUAGACGAUGAUCUCCCCUACUCCUCCUCCUCUUUUCAUGCUUCCUCAUUCCACUCAUAUCUCAUGGUGCCUCAGGAGGAGUACUUGAAGCUGUCGGAUGUGUAUAAGAUGUAUGGGAGUGAAUGCCAUGACAUCCAGCUCGCCAGCGCUUCCUCACACGGCCUCUCGCUUGCCCUUGACCCAGCUGAAACUGCCCCGCGUGAGGAGUAUGUGACGGUCGGCCAAUUAAACCAGAUGUAUGGGAUGCCAAAGGUGGAGUCCUCCCCUACCUCACCUGUCCAAUCAGUGCAGCCCUCUCUCGCAGACUCCGCCUUCCCCCGCCUCCCCUCCCCUCAUGGCUCCUCCCUCUCGCUCUCCUUCGAGCGUCAGUCAGACUGGGGCAGGCCUCAGAUGCCUGCGCUAGAUUUAGAGCGCUGGUACCAGGAGGUAAUGGUAGCUGGAGAUGUAAACCAGCUCUGCCCUCCUCCCCUUCCGGCUAAAGCUUUCUCAUCAUCAUCAUCAUCAUCAUCACGCAGGCCUGUGCAGGUGUACCGAUCUCGACUAGACAGUGACUGCAGCCAAUCAUCACUGAGACCGAAAGUCAGCGCCGGAUUGUCUCCUACAUACACGACAGCCACGCUGGGACGCAACACUCCUUCCAGGAGUCCUCUGAUGGUGGCCAACAGCACCGGAAGUCUCCCACGCAACCUGGCAGCCACCCUGCAGGACAUUGAGACCAAGAGACAGCUGGCUCUCCAGCAGAAAGAAAUCUUGCCCUCCUCCUCCUCUUCCAGUACGGACCGUCCCGCAGGUCAGCAGGUUAUUGAGGAGCAGCGCAGGCGUCUGGCGGAGCUGAAGCAGAAAGCUGCAGUGGAGGCUCAGUGCCAGUGGGAGGCGCUGCACGGCUCUCAAACACAGCUCCAUCAGCCCUUCUCUUCAAGCCCAGCGCCGGCGCUUCACCACUCCAUCCUGCACCACACAGCGCCCCCUUGCGGAGAGCAGCCAUACGACACGCUAAGUCUGGAAAGCUCGGAUAGCAUGGACACCAGCAUCUCCACUGGAAACAACUCGGCCUGCUCGCCGGACAACAUGUCCAGUGCCAGCGGUAUGGAUGCGCUGAAGAUUGAAGAGAUGGAGAAGAUGUUGAAGGAGGCGCAGCUGGAGAAAGCUCGGCUCAUAGAGUCCAGAGAGCGAGAGACUCACAGCCGUAAGCUGAUGCUGGAGGAGGAGCGGAGGAGGAGAGAGGAGGCCGAGAAGAGGCUGCAGGAGGAGACGCUGCACAGACAGCAGCUCAUCGAGAAGGAGGUCAAGAUGAGGGCCAGAAACUUCUCUCAGGCCCGUCCGAUGACCCGCUACCUGCCCAUCCGCAAAGAGGAGUUUGACCUGCGUUCGCACAUCGAGUCUUCAGGCCACAGCGUGGACACCUGCUACCACGUCAUCCUCACCGAGAAGAUGUGCAAGGGCUUUCUGGUCAAGAUGGGCGGCAAGAUCAAAUCCUGGAAGAAGCGCUGGUUCGUCUUUGAUCGCCUCAAAAGGACGUUCUCUUACUACGCCGACAAACAUGAGAGCAAGCUGAAGGGUGUGAUCUACUUCCAGGCCAUCGAGGAGGUUUACUACGAUCACCUGCGCAGCGCCACAAAGAAAGGAUUUUUCAAUCUGAAUCUGACAAACAGCCCGACCCCGUCGCUGACCUUCUGUGUGAAAACACACGACAGACUGUAUUACAUGGUGGCUCCGUCCGCCGAGGCCAUGAGGAUAUGGAUGGAUGUGAUCGUGACAGGAGCCGAGGGCUACACACAGUUCAUGAACUGAAACAAACCACAAAAGCAUUCAGCAGGGAGACCCGCACCUCUUAUUCCCAGCGAGAGGAAAAAACUUGAUUCUCUAACUUCCCUGUUUCCUGGAGAUGUUGUAAACUGGCUCAGCUGCACAGACAGGUAUUCACCAGAGGCUUUCCUGGAUCCAAAAAAAAGGGAGAAGUCAAAAAGACUCACUCGCCAUCCAAAAUGCCUUUUAUUGCCGUUGGAGAUAUUGUUCAGUUGCAGCCUGGAUGUGCAGAAAUCUACUCUCAUUUCUACCAUUUGUCUCAUGACAUGUGUUUCCAAUGGGGAGAAAAAUGCCAAAUGACAUCAAGCCAUUCUGGAAAAGUUUCUGCGAUGACAUUUCGCUGGGAUUGACUGUGAUGAAAUGCUGAAAAAUGACACUCGAGAGAUGUUUUUAAGUGGAAUUCAAGAGUAUCACAUUCACAUUUAAAGAUCUGCAAUCACAAAGACUUUACUCACCAAAGCUCACCUACCAGCUCAGGAGUGUGUAUUUAUUAUGGAGGGGCAGCAACCACUCCUGGCCCACCGUUUCCCACUGUGUCUCUGUGUUCCCGGCUUUGUUUUCAAUUCGCAUGCACACACACAUUUAACAGUAGAGUCUAUUUGCCAAGUCCUGACAACUUGAUCUUGCGUUUUGAGGCCAUCUCCUAUCACUGCCAGCCUACCAGAGUUUGGAAGAAUUGCCACAAACAAGAGGACAAAACAAACACACAACAUCAGAAUCAUGCAAGUCAUGCAGUGCCUUGAGACUGACCCGUAUUUCUCACUCGUAGUGUUUGAACUGUUACACUAGUGAAUAAAAGUUGCUGGAAUCACA